UGUAUGUCGUAUUUACAAUACAAAUAUGGCGACGACCACGCACUGCCAUGUGUUUUAGGUAUCGGUGUGAAAAGCAUCACAAGAGAUGGGCAAGAAAAAGGAAAAAAGAUUUCGUGCUGUAAAAAACCAGCCUACAGGACUCCUUGAAAUAAGAGACGAUAAUUUAGCCGAGUGUUUAGAUGCAAGAUCACCAGCACUUGUAGCCGAUGUCCUAUCUCAGCUGCAAAGCCCAGAAGAAGAGACAAGAGAAUGUGGAUGUGCAACACUAGCAGCCUUGGUGGCCCAGCCUGGAGCCAUCCCAAUUUUAAUGAAAGCCAACGUUGUUCGAAUCUUGGCACCUCUUGUUCUUGAUCCUUCCCCAAGUGUUAAGCAUAGGGCACUUGGUGCACUCAGAAACAUGACAGUUGAUGGAGGUGAAGAAGUUUGCCAGGAGAUGGUGAUGAAAGAUGUAAUAACACCAUUAAUUGCACUCCUCAAACAGUUUGAGCCUGGAUGGCAACCAGAAAACAUCAAGCUCAAGCAUAUGGACACCAAAUUAAGUAUCUUCACUGAGGCUAUCCAUGUCUUGUGGAAUCUAUGUGAAGCAAGUGAUACUGCAGUUCAUGCCUUUAAUAGAGAGCAGCUGCUGCCAGUUCUGUUGCCAUGCCUGCAGCACUCAGUCUAUGGCUUUUCAUUAGCUACUGCAGUUGCUCAGUGCUUGUACAGCAUUACUGAUGACAACAAAGAAUCCAUUGCCUUUUGUCGAAGAGAUGAGAUAUUAUCCAGUUUGCAGUCCUUGGCACAAAGGACAGAAGACACGAGCUUGUCAAGGCUCUUUCAGGCUGCCAUUCUUGGUAUAUUGACCAAUGUCAUGGGGGAGGACAUUAUGACAGGACCAGGUCUAGUUUCCAUGGUCACAGCAAUGGCAGAAAUUCUGAACAGUGAUUUGGCCAGUCUAAUCAGUGCCACACUGAAAAUGACCCAAGAGAAUGAAAUUCCUGAGACAAGUGAGGGUCAUAAAGACAAUGUGGAAGAGACUACAAUGUGGAGCAAGAAUCAGAUGGAAAUCAGUAAUGCCAUAGAUGCCCAGAAGCUAUGUCUUGUCUUGGUAACCAACAUGUGCUGUUUACAAGAUGAAGACUGGGAGGACAUGGACAGUAGUGAUUCAAGAUCCUCUGAUGAGUUGGUCAAUGAUGUUGACAUGGAAGAUGUUGCAGGCAGUAGCUCAACCCCAGUCUGCACUACAAGUGAAGUUCACGCUGUACUUGCCAGCAGUAAUAUCAUUGGAAAGGUGGUGCAGUUGUCAUGCCCUCUUCCAGAUGAAUUGUUACACCAGUUAAAAGCAUUCAGCUGGGGAAGACAGAUUUUCAAAAGACUGAUACGGCUUCGUAUCCAUGCAUUGCUUUGUCUAAACAACCUUGUUGAUUCCAUGGCAACCGAAGCUCUUGGUGGCAUGGAAGUGCUGCAUGGGUUGUGGGAUGCCCUUGCACAGCAAGUGAUCGCUGCUGACAGAGAUGUCCAAGCACCAGAGGGAACCGAGUCCCUUUCUCAGCAGGAUCCUGAUUUGCUUGAAGCAGUGGCUAGUGCCAUGCGAGCUGUGAUCCAGAAGUUAGGGCAGUUAGGAUCACCUAAAUUCUCUACAAUCACUGCAGGAGAUUUGCAUUUUCUAGUCAAGAUGGUAGAGGGAGCCAGCAGUAGGACACAGGUGCACAUUGUUCGAACAGUGGCCACUGUUGCUGGAAUGCUAGCGAAAAUAGAUCCUCAGCAUACUGUGGUGCAGGAAGUUGGGGGCUUUCUGAUGAGUGUGGCUGGGCAGAGUGCUGAUGUCGUCGUUGUAGCAGAAGCUCUAGACUCUCUCUUUGACCUUUUUGCUGAUGAUGCAACAGACCCCAUUGCACAGCAACUCAGGUUAACUGAGAGACUGCAAGCUAUUUUGCCUCUGCUGAAGGCAAAGUUGCAGGGUCAAAGGAGAUCUUUGGGAGAGGACUUUGUGACUGUUAGUGCAGCCAAAACAAACCUCAUCCGCUUCAUCAAAUAUAAAGAACUUAUGUCUAAGUCAUGAACAGAUUUUGUCGAAGGCACACAGUUUGGAUUUCAGCAAAAGUAAAUUUCAAUUUUAGCAGUAAUUUAAAGGCUUUUUUAUGGACAAGUGAAAGAUGGAUUUUAGUGUGUUUUAAAUAUGUUAAGGUGAAACAAGGGUUCAGGUUUAUAACAUUAUUCAAUGACCUGAGAUCAGUUCUUGAAUGUGAAACAGGUCUAGAUGAAACAAAUGAUGUGAUUUCAUAUUACUUUCGUUUCUUUGGUUUGUUUCUCUGCCUUCCUGCAUAGCAGGUUUCAGCUGCAGGUAAAGCUUAUUUCAGGGUUAACCUCUUAACUGCUUAUACAGUGCAGUCACUAUGCUGCACAGGUGAUAUGGUCCUCUGGCUUCCUUCAUGGCUUGUGCAACCAUUGUUGUCAUUUGCUGGGAUAGUUGAUGGUCACUUGCUGUAAAUAAAUUUCUUUAAAGAAUGCA